CCUCCCGGCCGCCGAGCCCCCGGGCUCCCCGCGCCCGGAGUGCCCGGCGCCUCCCGCGCGCCCCGGACCUCGAGCGCGAGCAGCGGCGGCCGCCGAAGCGCGGGGUGGUGCCCGCAGCGGCAGCGGCGGCGGCGGCGGGACCGCGGGGCAGGAGGAGGCGGGGAAGAUGGACCCGGCGCCCUCGCUGGGCUGCAGCCUCAAGGAUGUGAAGUGGAGCUCGGUGGCCGUUCCGCUCGACCUGCUGGUCAGCACUUACCGGCUGCCCCAGAUCGCGCGGCUGGACAGCGGAGAAUGCAUAGAAGGGCUGCGGGAAAAUGACUACCUUUUGAUCCAUUCGUGCCGUCAGUGGACAACCAUCACUGCCCAUAGCUUGGAGGAGGGGCACUAUGUCAUUGGGCCAAAGAUAGAGAUUCCGGUACAUUAUGCAGGACAAUUCAAGCUGCUGGAACAAGACCGAGAUAUAAAGGAGCCAGUGCAAUAUUUCAACAGUGUGGAGGAGGUGGCCAAAGCGUUUCCUGAACGCGUGUACGUCAUGGAGGAAAUCACAUUCAACGUGAAGGUGGCUUCGGGUGAGUGCAAUGAAGACACCGAAGUUUACAACAUCACCCUGUGUACUGGGGAUGAACUCACUCUAAUGGGGCAGGCAGAAAUCCUUUACGCAAAGACUUUCAAGGAAAAGUCACGACUCAACACCAUCUUCAAGAAGAUUGGGAAGCUCAAUUCCAUCAGCAAGCUGGGGAAAGGCAAAAUGCCCUGCCUCAUUUGCAUGAAUCACCGGACCAACGAAAGCAUCAGCCUGCCCUUCCAGUGCAAGGGCAGAUUUAGCACCCGAAGCCCCCUGGAGCUGCAGAUGCAGGAGGGCGAACACACCAUCCGGAACAUUGUGGAGAAAACCAGGCUUCCUGUGAAUGUGACCGUGCCCAGCCCCCCACCCAGGAACCCCUACGACCUCCACUUCAUCCGCGAGGGGCACCGCUACAAGUUCGUGAACAUCCAGACCAAGACCGUGGUAGUUUGCUGUGUGCUGCGGAAUAACAAGAUCCUCCCCAUGCACUUCCCUUUGCACUUGACUGUCCCCAAGUUUAGCCUCCCGGAACACCUGGUGAAGGGGGAGGUAUGGCCCGAAACCCUGGUCCAUCACUGGCUGGGUAUCUGCCAAGAGCAGUUUGAUAUCGACGAGUAUUCGCGGGCUGUCCGGGACGUGAGAACCGACUGGAAUGAGGACUGCAAGAGCCCCAAAAAGGGCCGGUGCUCUGGCCACAACCAUGUGCCCAACUCCCUGAGCUAUGCUCGCGAUGAGCUCACCCAGUCUUUCCACCGGCUCUCGGUCUGUGUGUAUGGUAACAAUCUCCAUGGCAACAGCGAGGUGAACCUCCAUGGCUGCAGGGACCUAGGGGGAGAGUGGGCCCCCUUUCCUCAUGACAUCCUGCCCUAUCAGGACUCGGGGGAUAGUGGGAGUGACUACCUUUUCCCAGAAGCUAAUGAAGAGUCAGCGGGCCUCCCAGGGAAGUCGGAACUUCCUUAUGAAGAGCUGUGGCUGGAGGAAAGCAAUCCCAGCCAUCAGCCCCUCACCCGCUCCCUCAGCGAGAAGAGCAGAUGUGACCAGUUUAGAGGUUCUGUCCGGUCCAAAUGUGCAACGUCUCCUCUUCCCGUCUCCGGAACUCUGGGAGCAGCAAUGAAGUCUUCAGAGAUUGCCCUACCUCCACCUCCAGUGCCUCCCAAAUCUGAAGCUGUCAGGGAAGAGUGCCGGCUCCUGAACGCCCCACCUGUUCCGCCCCGAAGUGCAAAGCCUUUGUCCACCAGCCCCUCCAUCCCUCCUCGCACAGUCAAGCCAGCGCGGCAGCAGACUCGCUCUCCCAGCCCCACCUUGUCCUACUAUUCUUCAGGGCUGCACGACAUCAGCGUUACUAAAAGUGACACCAGUCCUUCGGAAAGUGCUCCUGUUUCCUGCUAUCCAUGUAACCGAGUGAAAACUGAUUCUGUGGACCUGAAGUCCCCCUUUGGAAGCCCCUCUACCGAAGCUCUCGCUUCCAGGCUUUCGUGGCCUAACCAUUAUUCGGGAGCGUCGGAGAGCCAGACCAGGAGUGACUUCCUGCUGGAUCCAAGCCGGAGUUACAGUUAUCCUAGACAGAAGACGCCAGGCACACCAAAGAGAAACUGCCCAGCCCCUUUCGAUUUUGAAGGCUGCGAGCUCUCAGCCAGUCCUGCCAGCUCAGUCACUGCGGAGUUCAGUAGCAGCGUCUCCGGUUGCCCCAAGUCCGCCAGCUACUCUCUGGAGAGCACAGAUGAGAAAACUCUUGCAGCGGGCACGACAAAGCAGAGUAUGUCAUGCCCUGCCUUACCCCCCAGGGCUCCAAAGCCAAUGGAAGAGAAAGCUGCCUCGGAAACUUCUCACUUGCCUCUGAAAAUCGAUGGUGCUGAGGAAGACCCCAAGUCUGGGUCACCGGACCUCUCUGAGGACCAGUAUUUUGUUAAAAGGGGCAUGCAGGACAUCUUCUCGGUCUCUUACCCUUUCUCAUCUCCGCUCCACCUCCAGCUGGCCCCCAGGUCCUGCGGCGAUGGCUCCCCAUGGCAGCCCCCUGCCGACCUGUCAGGACUCUCUAUUGAAGAAGUGUCCAAGUCGUUACGGUUUAUUGGUUUGUCUGAAGAUGUCAUAUCAUUCUUUGUUACCGAAAAGAUUGAUGGGAAUUUGCUUGUUCAACUAACGGAAGAAAUCCUCUCAGAGGAUUUCAAAUUAAGCAAACUGCAAGUGAAGAAAAUCAUGCAAUUCAUUAAUGGCUGGAGGCCCAAAAUAUAGCCAAAUAACCCCAGCUAGCUUGAACAAAACGGAUAAAUUUAUGUGCUAGAAGGGGUGGGCUGGGACACAGUUUCAUGUUUUUUGCACUAAAAACCUUCUCUGUAUAUAGGGAUAAGAGAAACUCUUACUAUGCAGAUUACGUUUUUGAAUGGUGAACAGGCUAUUUUGUACAUCAAUAAAAAUGCUGUACAGAACACUUAGAGGUGUGCCUUGUACAUCACUCAAUACUCAAUAGCUGCUAAAAGACAGAAAGCAUGUUCAGAGAACUAAUUCUUACCCACGUAGGUUUAUGCGAGAAGGUAUGAUAUUUAUUACAAAAUAGCCAAAGCUUAAAGACAUAAGCAUCUUUAAAAAACAAAAACAAACAAACAAAAAACACUUUUGAACAACAAUCCCUUUCUUUGGGGGAAUCGACUUUAGACAAUUAACUCUAUUCUGUGCUCUGUCGUUUGGAUUACUCAAUGCUAAUUGUUUUACUCUUGUGCCUGUCAAUGUUAGUGAUGAAAUGACACUGAUGUUAUGUGCUUGGGGGGGGGAUCUUUUCACUGAAAGGCAUUUUCCAAAAGUCAUGUGCUGAUAGAAGAUAUAUGACAUCCUUAGAAAAAAUGCAAACCAUGACCACAAUAAUUUAUCUGUAACUGCUGCUAAUUUUACUGAGCAGUGGCGGGGGGAGGGCGGGGGAGCAGAAUGGAUACAUAUAUGUAUCUAUAUGUAUACACAAUAUGAAUGUAUGUUUUAAACAUCAUUUUGAGUCUGAUAUUUUAGGUAACAUCUGUUCACUUCCACGGAGAUUUGGGGCUGGUCACUAAGUCGACUCUUAGGAUGAGUGGAGAGACUGAACCAAAGGUCCUCGGAGCCCUGCCCCUCGACGCUCAGGCUUAUUAGGGCUUCAUCACUGAAAACUUGGAAGAAAUCAGCAGAGAGUCUGUAUUGAAGAAUUAAAUUUGAUUUUUAGCCCAUUCUGGGGCUGGGUUUUGCAAAUAAUACCCCCGUGCUGAUGUUUAGGGAAAUGACAAUUCUCGGGUUUGAGAGUCUUAAUUCUGCUGGCGUCUGAUGGUGAGAGGUCUGAAGAGCGUUUCUCAGAGCGGUUAGGCGUUCUCAGCGUGCUUCCUGCUUUAGGAGAGCUCAGAAGUCAGACAUACCGUCUUUUAUUUGACCUAUAUCUGUUGAGUAAUUUUGAAAGUAUCAAUAAGAGUCCUUGUUUAGUUCAUAAACCUCUUUCCUCUCUUUCAGAGAAAAUACAUUAUUACUAUAUUUUUAUUCCAAGAAUUUCAGACCAUGAUCCUGAGAAUUUUUGCCAAAUAUGAUUACCUAUUCCAAAAUAUACUGGCCUUGUCAUCAUUCUUGACUUUUUUGAGGGAAUAGAAAUGUUAGAAAAGUUUCAGUUCUCCAAGCAAACCAUCACCCAUGGCCCUGCCUCUCCCCAGAGCCUGUCCCCAGACUCGGGAUGCACAGGCAGUCUGUGACCGACGUCCGCCAACCAGGUAUCAGUGUAACUUGCAGAAUUGGCUUCUAUCUUGUUAUCCGUUCUUCCUCCUCACCAAAAUCAAUUAACAAAUGUAAAGACAAGACCCACCCAUCUACUUUUGCAGACCUGUGCAAUAUGGCUUUAUUUCUUAGCAUGAAAGAUAUUUCCAGCCCAUCUUCUGGUUUAGAAUCGAGGUGAGUUGGUAACUCGUCUCAUUUUCCAUCUUAAAUCUUUAAAAAGAAAAGGCAUUUCCCGCCCCCCAAACAUGUCUCCCAAAAUGUGAAUUCUAUACUCUUAAGUAAAAAGUAGCCCAUAAAAAGAGUGCCCUGUACAAUUUGUCAGACCGGAACAGCUCUUCUGAAGUAACCAACAAACCUAUGUAAAUGUUUGUAAUAGUACACUCACGUGCCAGGAGGCCCCUCAGUUACCUGCAUGUUUGGAAAGCAUUCUUCUAUGCGUUCGGCAACUCCCUUAGUCAUGUCAACCUCCCAGAACUUUCCUUUAAAAUAAAAACAGACAGGAUGGGAUUGGAAAGCUGCAUGUUUUCUUCGGCAAAGCCUUGAUGAAUCUGUUCUUAAAUAGCUCUUGGACACAAUUCUCAAGUUCAGGAGGGAGGACCAGGGUGGGUUUGGGUUUACUGUGAAGGUUGCCCAAUGUAAACAACUGAUUCCUUUUAUCGUUUUUUGUUGUUGUUGUUGUUGUUUUGUUUUGGCAAAACUUGACACAAAUUAGUUUCUAUUUUUUUGUUUUGGCAUAUUUCCAUUGAGUUUAUGUUGAUGGCAUUAUAGAGACUCCUUGAGGGCAGCGACUGUGGCCUUUGAAUCAUGUCUUGAAAAUUAAUUGAGCAUCUUUCGUGUGCCAGGCACUAUGCUGGUAUGACUCGAUGCUGAAAACAGGACACGGCUCCUGCCCUCUUGGAACUCAUAAUGUUUAUAUUUAAAAUCACAGUUGCGGAGACUGUGUAUGUGUGGAUAAGAGAGACAUGAAAUCCUCUGCGCAGUUGGAUGUGUGGAGAGUUAAGUGUGUCCUGUCUUUAGAGAACCCAAAGAUAAAAGAAAUGGCAGCCUCCAUUAAAGGGGUAUAAAACACCACAAACCACUGGAAUAUGUGGGAGGCAGAAAGUACCUCUGACUCCCACUGGCUAGUAUUCUCUUUUACCGAUCUGGAAUUUUUUAAUUGUAAUCAGUGUCUUCUGGCAUCUCUAAAGCCACAGAUAAAGGUCAUUACCAUUCCUGAGCUGAACACGUGUCUGUAGAGGACCAUGGCACCCUGACUAGAUAAGGCAUGCGUAGCCGAGAGAACCAUGACAAGAAACACAGAGCAGGGGGAGAAAGAAAACAGCCUUUCCUUCUGAGUGCUGUGAUUUUGUAGUGCAAAGUGAUGGAUAGAGAUCCCCACAAACAGAACCUUUCCAACCAACCAGGUCAAGACUGAGUACAUUUUCCGGCCGGUUUCCUGCAGACAGUGCAGUGACUACAAUGUUUUGGGGAAAGUGUCCAAACAGGACCCUUUUGGGAGUCCUUAAAUUCAUGGCUAACAUCAUCAUGGCCCCAUCAGAAAAGAAAACCAGCAAUAAACCAAACCAAGCAACUGAAAUAUAAAAUGUGGACCUGGCUCAUGUUGGGAGGGGGAACUCAAAUACUCCCAGAUCAACCCCUUUUCAGAAUCUUGUAAAUGUCUGCACGUCCUCUCUUCUUUAAGUUGAGCUGCUCAACUUGGAUGAACUGUGAAAUUUACAUUUGUACUCUCUCAACCCACAUAUACCAUGCAAGUUUAUGAAGUUGGAGCAACUACAUUGCAGUGUUUAUUCUUGUCUGCUGUAGAAAUAAAACAACAAUCUCAUGGGGAAAUGUUAUGACAGUCCAUUCCAACUGUUUUCAGACACAGCCGUCAACACCCUCUGCUCACAUUCCAGAACCACGCGCAUGUCAUCCAUACAGCUCCUCGAGAAGUUCUGGGGUGGGUGUGGAUGGAUACGAGGGUCCUUUGUUUCCCAAACACUUCGUAUAACAAGUCACUACUCAUCACGCCUAAAAAGUGUAAGAUUAACAUUUUGAAUAACAAACUGGAAAACAAAACAGUUCUCCAAAGACCCUGAUGAACGGUUCAAAGACAAUUUCAACUUCAUCCACCAGAAAAGUUAAAAAUCUGUUGAACACAUGCGACGCUCAGAAAUUACGUCCAUUGUAUCAAUCCCACUAUUUUUCUAGUAAUAUAGAGGCAUUGGGCUGCUAGGGCGAGAAGAGUAAAAUGCCCCGAGUGCAAAUGAUGCAAAGUAGGACUUUUAUAGUGUGAAGUUGUAAUAUUAUGGAAUCCUUAUGGCCGCUUCCUGUCAAAUCACAUUGUUUGGUCUUUAAAACUUGGUGUUUCAAAUUUUGUCUAAUUGUGAAAGCCAGAAACAAGAGGUAAACGUGAUUUCACUUAAAACUAUCUAGAAAUAUCUUCAGUAAUUUUGCUGCUCUAAUUUUUAGGCUAUGAUUUUUGUAAUGAGCUCAUCAGAUUACAGAUUUCCUUUGUUUACAAUCUCACGUAGUAGGGCUCAGAUCAUUUCUUAGCCAUAAACCUUUUCUCCCACUUUCAUAUUAAGUUCCAUUUAAAAUAUUGUUUAAGCUACGCCUAAAAAUUGAACCCAAUUAAUUAAAAAUUGGAGGGGUUUUCCUUAAUUUAAAUGGAAAUAGUAUGUUCUUUUCAGAGGAUUUUGUAACCAGUUUACUGUUUCUUUGCUUGGAAAACGGGGUCAUUACCGACCAGUUAACAGUUGCAUUACUUUCCAGAGCAUUAUCUAAUGGGCCCACUGUGUACCUCAAGAUAAACAUGGUAUGUUAUGUCUAAAAUAAUUCAUUGUUGAUUUAAAUGGUUCUGAAAUGUCUAUAAAUAAAGAAAUUUUAAAACUUG